CUCAGGAGCUGCUAUCAGAACUUACUUGCUGGAGCGAUCACGUGUUUGUCAAGUGUCCGACCCGGAGAGAAAUUAUCACUGCUUCUAUAUGCUUUGUGCUGCACCACCAGAGGAUGUUGGAAGAUACAAGUUGAAAAAUCCAAGGAUAUUUCAUUAUCUGAAUCAAUCAAAUUGUUAUGAACUGGAUGGAGUGGAUGAUUCCAAGGAGUACCUGGCAACAAGAAGGGCCAUGGAUGUCGUUGGAAUAAGUUCUGAUGAGCAGGAUGCAAUAUUCCGUGUUGUGGCUGCAAUUCUCCACUUGGGCAAUGUAGAGUUUGGGAAGGGGAGUGAAACAGAUUCUUCUGAACCUAAGGAUGAUCAGUCUCGGUUCCACUUAAGAACUGCAGCUGAGCUUUUUAUGUGUGAUGAGAAGUCUCUUGAAGACUCCUUGUGCAAACGUGUGAUUGUAACUCGUGAUGAGACAAUAACAAAAAGCCUUGAUCCAGACGCUGCAGUCGUCAGUAGAGAUGCUUUGGCCAAAAUUGUUUACUCAAGGCUAUUUGAUUGGCUUGUGAACAAGAUCAAUAAUUCUAUUGGUCAAGAUCCUGAUUCAAAAUUCUUAAUUGGAGUUCUGGAUAUUUAUGGGUUUGAGAGUUUCAAGACAAACAGCUUUGAGCAAUUUUGUAUUAAUUUAACAAAUGAGAAACUGCAGCAACAUUUCAAUCAGCAUGUUUUUAAGAUGGAGCAAGAAGAAUAUACUAAAGAAGAAAUUGACUGGAGUUAUAUAGAGUUCAUUGAUAAUCAAGAUAUUCUUGAUCUUAUUGAGAAGAAACCUGGUGGGAUCAUCGCUCUUCUGGAUGAGGCUUGUAUGUUUCCAAGAUCAACGCAUGAAACAUUUGCACAAAAGCUAUACCAGACGUUUAAAGAUCAUAAGCGCUUCAGCAAGCCUAAAUUGUCACAGACUGACUUCACCAUUUGCCAUUAUGCUGGUGAUGUCACUUACCAAACUGAUUUCUUUCUGGAUAAGAACAAAGACUAUGUUGUAGCAGAGCAUGAAGCACUCCUGAGUGCUUCAAUUUGCUCCUUUGUGUCAGGCUUGUUCCCACCCUUGCCUGAAGAAUCUUCUAAAACGUCAAAGUUCUCAUCAAUAGCUUCUCGUUUUAAGCAACAACUACAAGUGUUGCUUGAGACACUUAGUUCCUCAGAGCCACAUUACAUUCGUUGUGUAAAGCCAAAUAAUUCUCUGAAGCCAGGUAUAUUUGAGAGUCAGAAUGUACUGAAUCAGCUUCGAUGUGGGGGAGUCAUGGAGGCAAUUAGGAUAAGUUGUGCUGGAUAUCCCACUAGGAAAACAUUUGAUGAAUUCAUAGGUCGAUUUGGUAUUCUUGCACCUGAUGUUUUGAAUGGGAGCUGUGAUGAGAUCACUGCUUCCAAGAGGCUUUUGGAGAUAGUGAACCUUCAGGGCUAUCAGAUUGGUCAAACAAAAGUGUUCCUCAGAGCAGGUCAGAUGGCAGAAUUAGAUUCUUGUCGAAUUGAGGUCUUAGGAAGAUCUGCAAGCGUUAUUCAGAGGAAAGUCCGUUCAUAUUUUGGACGCAAAAUGUUUACCUCUCUGCGGUUUUCUGCCAUGCAAAUCCAGGCUCUAUGUAGAGGACAGCUUGCACGUCGUUGCUAUGAGAGCAUGAGGAAAGAAGCUGCUAGUUUGAGGAUCCAAAAAUAUACACGAAUGUAUCUUGCAAAGAAAGCUCAUGUUAUGUUGUGCUUCUCAGCUCUUUAUAUUCAAACAGGAAUGCGGGGGAUGGCUGCUCGAAGUGAGUUUCAACUCAGAAAGCAGACACAAGCAGCACUUCUCAUUCAGAGACAGUGCCGAAGAUACUUAGCUCGCCUUCAUUUUUUGAGAAUCAAGAAAGCAGCAAUAGCUACUCAAUGUGCCUGGAGAGGAAGAAUGGCCCGCAGCGAACUACGGAAGCUUAAAAUGGCUGCAAAGGAAACUGGUGCUCUCCAAGCUGCCAAAUCUAAGCUGGAAAAGCAAGUUGAAGAACUAACUUGGCGACUGCAGUUGGAGAAACGCAUGAGGGCUGACAUUGAGGAAGCUAAAACUCAGGAAAAUGCAAAAUUGCAGUCUGUUUUGCAAGAGCUGCAACUUGAAUUUCAAGAAACUAAGACAAAACUUAUGAAGGAAUGUGAGGAGGCGAAGAACACAGCUGAACAAGUUCCAGUUAUACAAGAGGUCCCAGUUAUUGAUCAUGAAAUGAUCAACCAGCUUACUGCUGAAAAUGAGAAGCUCAAGGCUUUGGUAACUUCACUGGAACAGAAAAUAGAUGAAACAGAAAAAAAGUAUGAAGAAACAAACAAGCUUAGUGAAGAGCGUUUGAAGCAAGCGUUGGAUGCAGAGUCGAAGAUAAUUCUGCUCAAGACUGCCAUGCAGAGCCUUGAAGAAAAACUUUCUGAUAUGGAAACUGAGGACCAGAUUCUGCGACAACAAGCCUUGUUGCACUCACCUGCAAGAAAAAUGUCAGAACAUUUGGCAAUUACGUCUCAGUUUUCGGAGAAUGGUUAUCAUGAACUAAGGGAUGAAACCCCUGCAAAAAAGUUUGGCACAGAAUCUGAUAACCAGAUGAGAAGAUCCAAUAUCGAAAGGCAGCGCGAAAAUGUAGAAGCCCUUAUCAAAUCUGUCACACAAGAUCUUGGAUUCAGUCAAGGAAAACCAGUUGCUGCUUUUACCAUAUACAAAUGCCUUCUCCACUGGAAAUCCUUUGAAGCUGAAAAAACUAGUGUAUUUGAUCGUCUUAUUCAGAUUAUUGGUUCUGCAAUGGAGAAUGAGGCUAAUAAUGAUCAUAUGGCUUAUUGGCUGUCCAAUACCUCUACAUUGUUGUUUUUGCUUCAACGGAGUUUGAAAACUACUGGUGCAAGUUCACAAAAACCUCCCCCUCCAACAUCAUUUUUUGGGAGGAUGGCACAAGGAUUCAGAUCAUCCCCGUCUUCUGCCAACCUUUCAGUAGGUGGGCAUGAUGUAGUGCGGCAAGUUGAGGCCAAGUAUCCGGCUCUGCUUUUCAAGCAGCAGCUUACCGCUUAUGUGGAGAAGAUUUACGGAAUUAUUCGGGACAACUUGAAGAAGGAAUUGUCUCCCCUUCUUUCUUCUUGUAUCCAGGCACCACGAACAUCAAGAGGAAAUGUUUUGCGAUCAUCUGGGCGAUCCUUUGGUGGUAGUCCUCCAGCUAGUCACUGGCAGAGUAUCGUUCAGAGCCUAAAUGGGCUUCUCAGUACUUUGAAAGAAAAUUUUGUGCCUCUUAUUCUAACUCAGAAGAUCUUCACCCAAAUUUUCUCUUAUAUUAAUGUACAACUUUUUAAUAGCCUUCUCCUUCGUCGGGAGUGUUGCACGUUUAGCAAUGGAGAAUAUGUGAAAUCUGGGUUAGCCGAAUUAGAACUGUGGUGUGGCCAUGUAAAAGAAGAGUAUGCAGGCUUAUCAUGGGAUGAACUAAAGCAUGUAAGGCAGGCUGUUGGAUUCUUGGUACGUUCCAUUUAUUCUUUUGCACAGCACAGUAGGAAUGUGAUUACUUUAGUUGUCUCUUUAUUUGUUGUUGAAUAUGAAGUUUGGUUAACAAUGUACAUCAAUAUGCAGGUCAUACAUCAGAAGUCCAGAAUUUCCUAUGAUGAUCUUACAAAUGACCUCUGCCCUAUUCUAAGUGUUCAGCAGCUUUAUAGAAUAUGUACACUUUAUUGGGAUGACAACUACAACACUCGAAGUGUAUCUCCAGAUGUCAUUUCCAGCAUGAAGGUGUUAAUGACAGAAGACUCAAAUGAUGCUGAUAGCAACUCUUUUUUGUUGGAUGAUAAUUCCAGUAUUCCUUUCUCGGUCGAUGAAAUUAGCAGUUCCCUUAAGGAGAAGGAUUUCUCGGAUGUAAUACCUGCAGUGGAGCUUCUUGAAAAUCCAGCCUUCCAAUUUUUACAGGAAUGA